AUGGCUACAAUCAAAAAUCUCAACGCCCAUGAUCGUCCCCCGGAAAAGGUCCGGGCCACGUACAAAAAAUACCAACACGUGCGGUUAUCGGAAAUUGAACAAGAUCCCGACGUGAUAGACUUGGAAAAGUUGGACCAGGAUGACCUUCCAGAUCCCUUCAUUAUACUGGAGUCCUUGAGCAGUGAGGGCCUCCGGGAGGCAUUUGACGAGUUUAUGGGUAAAGGGCACUUGUCACACAAGACUCAUGGAACCGCGUUAAUUGAAGGUGUCCCUGUAAUUGCGCACAAGCGUGUUUCCGGUCUUCGUAUGAUCCCGUCUCUCAUCCCUCCAACUAUCCAGAGCAAGCUGCUCUCGCUGAUGCUCCACCGAGACCUGUCAGAUCCGUCACAUCAGACAAAUCUCCAUCUACACUAUGACAUCCAGUACCCAAAUGUGUCUAACCACGGUAGUGGGACAGAUGACACAAAAGAUACACCACAGUCGUACGCUUCAUUCUUUGAAGCAGACCCCUCUCUUGCUCUCACGGCAAAAGACCCCAAUAUCCACAAAGCCAUCACUGUCCAGAAUAUGCUUGAUAAGAAGCUCCGAUGGGUCACUCUGGGCGGCCAGUAUAACUGGACAACCAAAGUGUAUCCCGACGGCCCUCCGCCUGCUUUCCCGGCAGAUAUUGCACGUCUUUUGGGUGCAGCUUUUCCAGAAACCGACGCUCAAGCUGCAAUCGUUAAUUUCUAUUCUGCAAACGACACCCUCAGCAUGCACCGCGAUGUAAGCGAAAAAUGUGAUGUUGGGCUCAUCAGCGUCAGCAUCGGUUGCGAUGGCCUCUUCAUGAUUAGUCACGACGAUGGGGAGGGCUGUGAGGUUAUCCGCCUCCGUUCAGGCGACGCAGUAUAUAUGUCAGGUCGAUCGAGAUUUGCAUGGCACGGAGUACCUAAAAUCAUACCGGAAACGUGUCCGACUUGGUUGCGUGACUGGCCUGGACCGGAAUAUCCCUUCUGGCAAGGAUGGAUGAGCGGAAAGAGGAUCAAUCUGAAUGUUAGGCAGAUGACUGAUGCGAAACCGAACCAAGACGCCGCAUUAGCUCUGUGA